AUGGUAGCUCUUCCGUCUCAUAUCUUUAAAAGGAAUAAUUGUUCUUCCAUAAAUAACAACCAAAAUAAAAGAUGUUGGCUCAGUCUGGGUAAACGUCAUUUUAAUCUUGAGGUUAAAAAAGGAGGUCAUUCAUCAGGAGGACAUGCUUCCAGUGGGCACUCUUCUGGGGGCCAUUCUUCAGGUAGUUCAGGUUCUACAAGAGGUAGUUCGGGCUCAUCAGGUGGCAGUUCGGGCUCAUCAGGUGGUAGUUCGGGCUCAUCAGGUGGCAGUUUAGGGUCUUCAGGUAUAGUUCCUGCAGCUGUAGCUGGUUCUUAUUUGAGCGGUAAUCACAAUCAUAAUAACUAUAAUGGAACUGUAUCUGCGCGUCACAAAGACUUAUCUACAGGAGGUAAAAUUGCUUUGAUUGUCACUUUAUGUGGGUUCUUUGGUAUUCUUAUUAUGUUCUGCUUAUUUUUUUAUCUUAGGAGGAGGUUUUCUAGAGUGCGUCGUACUGAUGAAGAAGUAAUUAUUGUUAAUGAGGAAAAUAACGAGUAUAAACCAAUAGAAAAUCAGCAUGUACAAUAUCUACCCAAUUCACAAGAACCGACAAAUAAUAAUUCUACGACUUCUAAUGGUGUUUGGAUGAAUCCACCUGCAGCUGUGCAUCCAAGAACACCUUUAAAUGAAGCUACCAUACCGAAUAAUAUUCAACCACCAAGUUACCUUUCUGCAAUUAGCAGAACAGCAGGAGCUUUACUUGUUUCUCAGCAAGUAUCUGGGAAUGAUAGUGAUCGUAUGAGAAAUAAUUAUUAUAAUUUUAAUACUGAUAAUCAAAACAAUAUUAGAGAUGAGAAUAAUAGGGAUGGUACUACCCAUUAUGAAGUAGCUUCAACAAAUCAAAACCAUGCUGAUAAUAGUACAUUCACUUCAAGAAAUUCUGAAAGUUCAUCUCACAUCGUUAGCUCUGAUAGCUCUGAACAUUCUGACGGCUCACAUGCUUCUAAUAAUGAAGCUACUUCAAGCUCAUCUGGUAAUUCUGAGCACUCUCAUACGUCUAAUAAUUCUGAACACUCUCAUACAUCCACUAAUUCUGAUACUUCUCAUGUAAGUAACAACCCUGCUAAAUAG